AUGCCUAUCACCUCACACAGCCGUUUGAAACCAGGUCAACUCGUAUCAAUCGUCCUUAAAGCAGAUCAUCGCACUGGCAAGCAGGUUCAAGGAACCGUUGCACAAUUAUUGACACGCCACGACCACCCCCGAGGCAUCAAGGUCAAACUUAACGACGGGCGAGUUGGCAGAGUACAACAAAUCCUCCCUCAACCCUCAAACCAGACAUCCUCGUUCUCGACUUCCUCGCAGCGCAAGACCAUGACUUCCAACAAUCCAUGGGCCGAUGCGCCUUCACAAGGCAGCCCGUAUGGCAACCAGCAGCAACCUCAGCAGCAAGGACAGGAUCAGAGAUACUAUGCCAACUACAACCAACCACCCAACCAGCAACAACAAGAAAACCCAUGGGGUCCUCCUCAGCAGCAACAUGGCGGCCAUCAGGGCGGAUAUAGCGCACCUCAGGGUCCGCCCCCAUCCCACCACCAACAACAGCCGCACGGGCAACAACAGCAGAUGCACCGUUCCAACACGGACCAAAUGCUCGUGGGCAAUGAAGGCGACCGCGCAGCUCAAGUCGAGCACAUGCAGCAGUAUGAAGCCAAUGCGCCUCAGAGCGAAGACGACCGCAAUCAAGCUGCGCUGCAGAAGCAAUUCCCCAACAUCGAUUCCAGUCUGAUUGCUGCGAUCUACAAUGAAAGGAAACCCGAUAUGGCGGAGGUCAGGGAGUUGCUUCAGGAGCUGAACUCUUGA